AAAUUCACACAAAGAAAAUUCUGUGGAGGGGCUUCCCAGGUCAGUGUCAAUCCACAGUUCUCCCAGACUGUAACUGUAAGAAACUUUCUCUGCACAGAGCACUUUUCCUGCGCUUGAGUCUGUCUUGAAUGCAGAGGGACACUGUGACGGACUUCGGAUAAGCCUGAGGCAGGGGGACUCAUUUUCCUAUACUAACUUAACACUAAUUUCCACAAGAGCAUCUUGAAGAGAAGUGUCACUUGCACCUAGUGGUGGAAGUGAAGUGUAGCAGAUGAUACUCCUUGUAAAUAAAUGAAAAGUUCAAUCAUGAGAGACCAGUGAAUGAAGUAAAGAUAAUUGUUUAUUGAACAAAUGAUCAGACGAUUAGUCUUGACAAAGUCUUCGGCAAUUCGACUCUAAAAGAGCUCACGCCGAGGAGAUUUGUGCCUAUAAGUCAAUGUCCAAUAUUUUAAAAACGGAAGCAGCAUAAACGAAACUUUUAUCGGCACAAUCCAGCACAAACGAUUGAGCCUAUUUGGGGUGAAUUUGGAGCGUGUGGGGGUCUGGUGACGUCAUCGCCUAUAACUUAAUGUCUAAUAUUUUAAAAAGGGAAGCAACACAAACGAAACUUUUAUCUGCACAAACCAGCACAAACGACUGACUGGCAUAAAGUUGGCUUGACGUUGGAUGUUCGAUAUUCGCAGAAUAUGCCUAAAUUAAUGGUCUCCAAAGUUACAUACGACAUUGUUAUACACGUUUCUAACUUCAAUAGCAUUUGGAGGGAAUGACUUACAGCCACACAACCAACUGUAAAGUGUUCAUCUAUGUAUCAGGUAUGACACCUUUUAGAUUUUAUAUAUAUUAAAAUAAACUAUUAAAUCAUGUGUAAAAAUUGCCAUGUAUUUUACUACUGAAUGAGCUCAUACACAAAAUAUACCAUAAUUUAAAGCUCAAUAGCAUUUGAAGGGAAUGACUUACAGUCACAAAACCAACUGUGAAGUGGUCAUCUAGGUGUCAGGUAUGACGCACACCUUUUAGAUUUUUGAUAUUUAACAAAAUAAACUAUUAAAUCUCAUGUAUAAAUAAAAUGCAUUUAUAAAAGUCGGUAGCGACAAGCCUCGAAUCUGGCCACGCCCAUGACCCAUGACCGUGACAAAUAGGGCUUAAAGUCUUCAAGUGUGUGUCCAGCCUGAUGUAGUGUACAGUAGCGGAAACACUGCUCUGUCACCCGCUCACCCUACUGAAGGUUUUCUUCACUGUUGUAUAUCGAGUCCGAGAUGAGAAGGAGAGUUGGUGAAACUGCUGCGUCCAAACGCACUGAGGGGAAAUCGGUGAAAAGGGAAACUGGUGAAGUGCAAACCAAAACCAGGUCAUCAUGGUGGGUGUGGGUGAAAAUGGGACUGAUAGCCCUCAGCACUCUGUAUGUGGCCACACCAUUUAUUCUGCAAUUCUUUCCCAGUGUCAUACAAUACCUGGUUUAUAAACAUGCCGUAACAUACUUUGUUGACUUGAGGCGUCCCUGUGAUCUUGGUCUGAAUCACACCGUCAAUAUGUACCUGACCUCAGAAGCAGGAGUGACACUAGGAGUAUGGCACACGGUUCCUGAACAAAAGUGGAAGGAGGCUCAAGGUAAAAGUUUGGCGUGGUAUGAGCAGUCUUUGGGGGAUGGUUCCCCUGUUUUCAUCUACUUCCAUGCCAAUACGGGCAACAGAGCAGCGCCACAUCGUUUAGGAGUUGCCAAUGUGUUAAGUGCUCUUGGCUAUCAUGCCGUGGUUAUGGAUUACAGAGGCUUUGGGGAUUCAACCGGAAAGCCCACUAAGGGUGGACUAAUCACGGAUGCACUUCAUCUGUACCACUGGGUACGGGCACACAGCAAGGACAGUCUGGUCAUCAUAUGGGGUCACUCCCUUGGCACAGUAGUGGCAACUAACAUUGCAGUGAAACUACAAGAGCAACGAAACCCUGUUGAUGCAGUGAUACUAGAAGGUGCUUUCACAAAUAUAAAAAUGCCAAAAGGACAGUCCCAACCCUUCACCUGGUAUUACUGGAGAUUUCCAUACAUACAGUACUACUUUUCCCAGGACUCAACUGAAGCAAAUAUCCAUAUAUUGCUCAAUGGUGAAAACUUGAAAAAAAUGACAACUCCUCUUAUGAUCCUUCAUUCUAAAGAUGACCACAUGGUUCCUUUCAGGAUGGCUGAGGAGCUUUACAACACUGCUAAAAGUGUGCUGAAGUCAGAGGAUAAAGUCAGACUGGUGGCAUUUGAUGGAUCCCAUGGGUAUCUUCAUAAUGGACUUUAUAGGGAUCCUUCACUACCAAAUUAUAUAAGGGAGUUUGUGCUGUCAGUUGCAAAGUAAUCUGAAGGCUUCAAAAUUGGCACCAAGUUAAACCUACAGGUUUUCAUCUUCACAUAUGUUUUACUAUCUUUUGUUAACUUUAGUGAUGUGUGCUUGCAGUUCACUUUUCUUAAAAGCCAUUCCUGUUCUGAGAUUAUGAUGUCAAUUCAGUAGACACUGAAAAAAACCAAAUUAUUUAAAAAAACAAUUAUUGAUUACAGCUGCAAAUAUCUAGUUUUUGCUGCAUACCAUAUAAAUUUACCAAUAAGUUUUUUUAUUUGUUAAUGAAUGACACUUCAUAAUUUUUAUCAUUUAUAAUUUCAUUUAAUGCUUUCCAUGAAAUAACUUCCUGUAACAUAACAUUAAUUUCCUCAUCAGACUCUUUAUUCUCAGUCUCUCUCUUCUCUGAGGUAUAUUAUCAACAUACUGCUCUAGAUAACUGUAUACAGAUUUUCAACAGGCUUAUUGUUCUAACAGUUGGACAGUUCUAAGAACACGCGCACACACACACACAAAUAGAAUAAAUAUGCCCAGAAAGCCCAUUUCAAAAAUAGAUUUAGCUGCUUAGAACCAACAAAAUCCCCAUUUUCUCCAUUGAGUGCACUAAGAAACAUUAACUAUAGCAAGUUUAACCUUUAUAAACUGAGCUACUGACUGUAAGCAAUGGCUAUAAUAAUAUAAAUCAAUGUAAUUAAUCAAUUAAUUAAAAUUGUAAAAGGCUGAGCAGGAAUAUAUUAUACUGUUUCUGUCCAUAGGCGUAGACAAAAUAGUAGAGACUGAACAAAAAAAAAUUUUUCCCUAAAAUUUCAGUUUAGCCAUAUUCAAGAUUUUAGUUUCUCGGGUAAUACAAUGUAAUGCAUUGUAGAAAUAAAAUGGAAACAGGUUAUUCAAACACUCA